UUUAGCCGCCUUGGUUACAUCACUAAAAUAUCUUCUUGACUAGCUCAUUUACAUCUUUAACUUUUGAACAGAGAGCCUGGUAAAACCCAAACUGUGAGCUAGUUUCUGAUUUGAGAUGGCAAAAACCAGUUUUUCUUUUUGGGAGUACAAUUUUUGUGGAAGUUGGGAUGAGUUGAGUUCCACAAGUAAAAGUUCCGAGAGUGUUGAUGGAGUAAACAUGGGGAAAAUUGAUAAAGUUUAUGGAACUGAGAACUGGGGAGAUGCUGGAGGCAUUGAUUAUGGAUUCUAUCAGACAGACUCAAUGGAGGAAGGGCUGCUUUUCUGCGAGUAUCAUCAACAACAGAAGCCAGAGUCAUAUUUGGAUUAUGAACUCUUUGAUGAUCGAAGGUUUGAAAUCAUUUCUCCAACACUUCAAACAAGUUUGGAGGAAAUAGCAAAGUUAGAUGAAAUCUCAAGUGGAAUUCAAGUUAUUUCAGAAUCAAAGAAGAAAAAUCAACAGGAUUUUUCGUUUGCCUCAUUAGAGUUGCUAAAGAAAUAUGAUCAUGGACGGUUAAAUGGUGGGAGAAUAGUCCAGCCAAGCAGUGAUGCACCAUAUACGAAUUUGGCCGGCCAAGAAUUGUCAACGGAAGAAAUCAUCAGAAUAGCUGGAGCAAGGUUCAUCCAAUCCAAUUGCCAAGUGGUUGAUAUUGCCUCUAUGCUUAACAACCCUUUUGGUCUUUCUUUCUCUAACCUUUCUGAUGAGGAGGCCAAAAAUGUCGAGCUUGUUGAAUUGCUUCUAGCAUCAGCUGAGAAAGUUGGUCAACAACAAUUUGAACGUGCAAGGAGAUUGCUCAAUUAUUGUGAUAUCUUGUCUUCCAGUUCCGGAAACCCAGUUCAACGAGUGGUUUACUAUUUUUCUGAAGCUCUUCGGGAGAGGAUUGAUCUAGGAACUGGAAGAAUCUCAUCAGGCUUCGGGAAGCAGUCUUCUGUUCUUAAUCAGGAAAUGACAAUUCUAAAUCCAGCCACCUUAGCGUGCCAUGAGAGAAUACCUUUCUUCCAGGUUGCACGCUUCACUGGAAUCCAAGCAAUUAUAGAUAAUGUAGCUGGGGCAAAGAGGAUUCACGUAAUUGAUCUUCAAAUCAGGAGUGGAGCACAAUGGGCAGUCCUAAUGCAAGCUUUAGUGUCUCGACAUGAUUGCCUUCUUGAGCUUCUAAAGAUAAGUGCCAUUGGAACUACUUCAAAACAGUUGAUUGAGGACACAGGUAAGAGGUUAGCUAGUUUUGCCGAGUCCAUGAGCAUACCUUUCUCUUUCGAGGUGGUCAUGGUACCAGACAUGCUGGAUCUCAAAAAAGAGCUCUUUGAGCUAGACGCUGAGGAAGCAAUAGCUAUCUACUCUGAGUAUUCGUUAAUGAACCUUAUUUUUGUGCCAAAUCGUCUGGAGUCUGUAAUGAGGGUCCUCAGAAACAUCAAUCCACGUAUAAUGGUGGUCAUGGAAGUUGAGGCAAACAACAAUUCGCCUUCUUUUGUGAACCGUUUCAUUGAAGUCCUCUUUUUCCACGGUGCAUAUUUUGACUGCAUUGAUGCUUGUAUGGAGCGGGAUGAUCCAACUAGGUUGAUUACAGAAUUGAUGUUUCAUCAAGGAAUAAGAAAUAUUGUGGCUAAAGAGGGAGAGGAAAGGAGGAUACGACAUGUGAAGAUUGAUGUUUGGAGGUCAUUCUUCGCCCGUUUUGGAAUCAUAGAGACAGAACUUAGCACUUCAUCCUUGUACCAAGCAAGCCUGGUUCUUAAGAAAUUUGAUAGUGGGAGUUCUUGUACACUUGAUACAAAUGAGAAAAGCCUGCUUAUAGGAUGGAAGGGUACUCCAAUUAAUUCUCUUUCUGCUUGGAAAUUCACUUGAAAAGUAGAAAAAAUCGUAUGUAUUUAUCUUAUACUCUAGUCUCCUCUGCAACUCCUGCAUUCAUUGAUUGGUCAAGUUGUUUGUAGGUGCUGAUUUUGAUAGAAGACAACUUUUGAAGGUGUAUGUGAUGAUGAUGAAAAAUGCCUGUGAUGGUUGUUUUGAGAAUGAAUCUGAAUCACAAUUCUAUUAUGUUUAAAUAGAAAUAAAAUGCAGAGUAUGAUUAGAGAAGAAAAUGUUGCAUCAGCCAUUAACCUGGAAGAUAUUGGUCCUCUUAGUGUUAGGAAAAACCUUUUAACAAUCAUUUCUAUUUCCA